AUAAACAAUAAAUAUUCUGUCAGAUUAUUGUCAUUCAACAGAAAUUCGACCAUGAGUGCAGCAAAAUUCUAAAUUGUGAUAGUUUAUUUAGAAAUUUAUUUUCUCAGUUUUAUUAUUAUCGUAUGAGUAACCUUUUACGAGUAUAGAAAUUAUUAGUAAUUUUUGGCCCAUGCCCCACGCGGAAGACUGGCAAGCCUGCUACAGGCCGGACCUGUGCUACUCCUUCUUGAGAUUGCUUAAAAUGACGCAUAUUCCCCUGGAUCGUAGCUAAUGAAUGAUGGAGGGGGGCGACGGCAUGGUGGCCGUUGUGAGAGAGCUGCGGGAUGCUGGGCUUGCAGUGACACUGUUGGAAGGCAGCAGGCGGUAUACUCUCAUGCCUAACUCCGUUGCUCAUCCGCCGAUGCCGACGUGUAUCCACGUGUCGCGAGAUGUGCCGGAACCGAUACGUGCCACGUCUGAAGUAUGCACGGAGCCGCCGCUGCGCUGCGACUCCUCCGCGCAGGCCACCGACGGACGGUACGCUAGCAUCUAUAAGGUACAACACUGCAACGUCAGUCCGACCUCGCCGCAAAUUCAUCUCGCAGAGUUUCCGCCUCAACGUGCCGAGUUGACUCCCAGUAAGGAACAAAUUCAGAUAUUCUCUCAAAAUAACGGUCACGGUAACUUUGAAGUGGGCGGUACCGGCAGCGGUGAGAAGUACAGCCCAGUUAGACCGAGCACCCAGUUUAGAGGAGGCAUGUCCUGGCCUGACAGAGGAUCUGUAUGUGCUCCGCGGCCCUCGUACGAGCCCGACUCGUUCGCCAACUCCUUGAGGAAGUAUCCGAACAUGUCGCCACAGAGGUCCUCGGAAAUAGUCGAGAGGCUCGUCAACUACACGCAGGCCAAGCACGCGUCGAAAAUAUGCGCAAGAAGUCGUUUGUCACCAACCAGAUUGUCAGAAUGCAACUCCAAUCAUACGCUUGAUAGAGAUUCUAGAGCCUCGCCCACGCGCCACAGGGGCUACGAGCCCGAAGUGACUAUACGACCUAAAGUGAAGACCGAUGAAUCACCCACCAGAGAGGGAAGGCCGAAGAGGUGUGAUAUGUGUUUGGAGUUGAAUACUUCUCCCUUUUGCAAGAACUUUGAGGUCCGGUGCUUACGGGAUAUGUCGAAGCGGACACGGGAAAGUCUUAAACACUCGACAGGACAGCCUUGCUACUUGAACGGAGGGACGAUACGCGAUCAUUGUUCAGACGAACACCAGAGCCGGGCCCGAAACAAAGCCACGGAUACAACUUCAGUGGAGAUUCAAGCAGUUGUUGAAAUGAUGUCCAGAGAAGUAGCGACCUUGCCGCGUGUGGAGCCGUCUAAGAGAAAUGUAGCCGUCCCUCUGUCGCCGAUAUGCUCCAUCACCCAGCGCUGCCCAGAAGUACCAGUCGCGGUCGGUUCCACAGGGUCUGCCUUCAAAUCAGUACAAACAAUCUCAACAAAUAUCACCAAGAAAACCCGCAAGUUCGUUCAAGCCACGUCAAGCUCUAUAGAGUUGCUGAGCGCUGUCGAUAGACGGCAGUGCAAUGAACGCAGUGGAAGAAAGAGCAAGUCACAGGAAGAAAUACGAACACGAAAAGAAGACUUCAGAAAAGAAAUGCUACAACUAUUGCAAAGCAUAGACUGUCACGGUGAUGAAGUGUAUCAAGCUUUUAGGGAUGAGCUUGUCAGGAAAAUUAAAAAGAAUCGACGAAAACUCAAUUUGGGUAUCGAAGAUCAUGCUAAAAGCGUUCCCUUCUGGUUUAAAGCCAGACCAACCUGUAGGCACUAUGUAAACAAUUGUAGAUCAGCCAAAAACCCUGAUAUUUUUAAAGGCCACACAAGAAACAUCGGUGUACCAAACGACGACAGCCUCCAAAACACUGUCAAAGACUGGUUACGAGAAAUACACACAAAGAACUCAGAACUUCUUGAACGACUCAGUUUAGAUCAUAUAGUCAGCUCCCUAGCUGCAAAGUUAAGACAACUAUGUUUCAAUUCCGAAGAAAUAUCAAAAUCUGAAAUAAUGCAAAUGAUUGAACAAGUGACGUUCGACGCGAGCGAUAGUGAUAGAAAUGUUCAAUUGAAUAAUCUAGCAGACGCACUGACUAACAAGAUUAAAGACGUUCUAUAUACUAACUCCAGACAAUUUAACAGACACAAGCAACGCGAAAGGACAACCCAAAAUAAAAAGUUUGACUAUUUUCCUUUUAGAAAACUUAUACAACCUACUGAAGAAGAAGUAAGAGGUUUCGUCAAGGAGGAGUUACUGAUGUUUAUGAAUAAGUUUAAUUUAAAUUUAAAUGCAAAAAGCAUCCAAGAUGUCGAGACGGAGGUUAUAGACGUUCUGAUAGAUUCCAUUGAUGAGUUGCAAUGGGGAGAUAACGAUAAAGUUAAAGAAGAGGUAGCAAUAUCAUUACGGGAAACAAGUCAACUACCGGAAUGUUAUUUUAUUUGUCUGGCUGACACUUUGGUAAAACGUUUCAAGAGUUUUAUGCGUACUUUUAGUGCACUUAAUAUGGAAAAAGUUAAGCGACAAACGUUUGUAGUACUCCAAAACACAGUACAGAACGCGUCAAUUCAACUAAAUGAACCAGAAAAUACUAGUAACAGUCCUGGAACUGAGGCUGAUGAGGAGGCCCUCAUAGAACAGUACACAAGUCAACUUACACAAAUAAUUGAAGCUUGGUGGACAAGUAUACUUGGAGCUGAUGAAAACGAAAAAGGUUUUAGAGAAGUUGCAAUCAAUGAUUUAGCUGGGGAUAUAGUGGACAGGCACAGAUUCCUUGGCAUGAAUAAUUCUAUAAUCUCGUCGAAUGAAGAGGAGAUUGAGUAUUUAAAGUUUCAAAUAUUUCGAUGGAUUAACAAGUUAGUAGGGGAUGAAGCUAUGCAACAAGCACUCGACCGGGCACCAGAAUUGAUGGCGCAGAUACAAAGAAUACCAGUACCGGCCAUGAGCUUGCAAGAUAGUCUAGUGAGAUCACGAGUCGUGGUAGAACGCCCUCGAAGUCCUGUCCCUACAAAAAGUACAAGUCCAGCUAAAGCUGCACCAAAUAAGCCUGGUUAUAAUUUCGUCCAAAUUCCUAUGCAAAGGUCCGCAAGUCGUGGUGACAGCAUUUCUGGUGGCUUAAGAAAACGCGGAGCAACGGGCAGACGAAUGAGUGAACCAGCAUCAUAUUCAAUAAACCAGGUAGGACCUGGAGUUAGUGGGGUGUCUCGGGGUAGACGAUUGAGUACUCCUGCGAAUAUGGGAGCUACCAGAGAAAGUCCAAUUGUGCCAUCAAUACCAAAAAUUACCAAAGAUUUUGAACAUUAUUUAGAUGAGUGGAUCACCCAAAUCCCUAUCGCCGCGAAUAACCCACAAGAACAAGAACGAGCAGAAAAACUAAAGCGUAACAUACGCAAUGGUGUGUUGAUGGCUUUGGCUAAGGCAGAAAUAGAUUCAGCGACAUCCAGCAACGAAUUUUAUUUACAAGACUUUUUUGAAGAAGAAUUGGAGAAUUUGCUGUCCUCGCUCCCAUCUUCCCAAGAACUAACUUCAAAAAAAAUGUUACUAAAAGCAAAUCUAAUUGAACGCGCCAGAGACACAAUAAAAGCAAUAAUAAAUGCAAAUGUUUCCACCUCUUAUAGGUAUCGACUAUGGGAUGCUAUAUCAUCCAGCUUGCCUCAGCGACCUGUGGUCGACGAUAGAAUUAAGAGCGCUGCACAUUUAUUUGAGGAGUUCUUGAAAUUGAAUAUCGCCGAGGACUAUGUACUAUACAAAUUACACCAUGAAAUGGACUUACCCAAAACAAUUGCAUACAAAGAUAAAGUGUUAAUAACUUUACGGAAACUCUACGAUAAUGCACAACUAUUACCAGGCGGCGACCGCAUCACCGCCCUCGAUCCUAACACUUUUGCUAAUAAUAUAUAUAAUGCUAUGGUAAAGGUGAAUGUACCUCCAGAGGAUAUCCUACAAAACGAGGGUGACCAAAUAGUUUUAGGUCACGAAAUUGCACAAUGGUUGCAAGAUCUACCGAUCACGCAGAGUGAUGCUCAUUUGGACCAGUUACAAAAAAGAAGACUUCGUGAUUCACUCGCGAAGAAAAUCUAUGAGAUAGAAAAACAAACUAAUUUGUGUGACAACUCAGCUAUGAGACAAGUGAAGAACGAAUUGACAAAGUUCCUUGAAAAAUUCUCUCCCCGACCUGAAGAAGCAGGCAACCUGUCAUUUUUGAUAGACGAAUUCAUUAAUAGAUUGAAAAAUAGACGUAAAAUUGUUCAUGCACCUACUUCUUUUCCAUGGUUUUUUAAGCAAGUACCUUUUUCUUCGUCUUUUGUGGAUCAUAGUGGUCCAAUUAGCCUAAUAGAAAGUCUAGAUGAUCCUUACGUAACUAUGGCGCCAGCUGAAGCAGGUAGACCAAGUAUGGUGGGUGCGGACCUUUUACCACAAGCCUUGCCUGUCAAGGAACCAACUAGUGCGCAAUGGCUCACCUUGUUAAACACUCAAGAACAACUACAGCGUGACAGAGAGGCCCGGGAAGCGCAGUCGCAACAAAUUCCACCUUGCUGCCAACCGGCCACCCACAGUAGUCUUAGUUCACAACCUAAAGGCGGUCACCUUGGACAGUACCAACAAGUGCUAUACCAAGACCCUCCAAAUGUACAACAGCUUACAAUGAUAGGGACACAAGAGCGAAUAGAGCGUGAAAAGAAAGCACUUGAGGCCCAAGCACAAUCGCAACAAAUCCCCUCUUGCUGCCAACCAGCCGGUGCUCCUAGUCCAAGGGCAUAUGGAUCCAUCGGGCCUGGUGUCGUCGGACCCACCUCAAGAAACUUACACACGCGUCAGAUCGCAGGAACAACCUAUGAAUCACUGGCUGGUCCUAGAAGACAAUUUGGAGCCUCACCAGCUGCGCCCAGUACGCAAUCGGAAAUGAGACGCCUAGUUGACCUACAAGACCAACGCUUGUCUAUGAUGCAAAGUGCCAUUCCAGCAGUUCACCCUGGUCCUAGUGGCGUGGCCUCUUUUGUUCCCUCUCAAGCACAACCAGUAAUUCAGAUGCCAACUGUUUCAAAUAUGAACGGUAUUUUUAGCACUAGCCAAAUGGCGGGGCCUAGUGGAGUGGCGGGUUCUAAUUUAGCAAAACCUAAAGACCCCACCAUCGGAGGCACGCCUCUAAUGCAGCGUUCAGUCCGUCCACGGCAAAUUGGAUCUCCUCAACAUGUCACAAGCAGUAGAUCCCCUACUAAUCAAAGCCAGUUACAAUUUGCAGCACCGUUGGCCCAAGAAGAAGCGGUGUUCACUCCCAGACAUGAUCUUGAGGAUAUCUCCGAACAGAAUAUAUCGCGCCCAGUGCUGUCGCUUCUAGAUAUGAGCAAUCAACCACCUGUAGGGUUUUCAACGCCUCGUCAAUCACUAGCGGGCCGACCUGGCAUGCCUGAGCUUCCCGAUCAAGGAAAUAUUCCGGGGGCGCCAAGAGCGAGAAGAAAGAGAACACGCGAAGGCGACGCGUUGCGAGCUGAUGUAGCUCGCAGGAGGCUGGACCUCGAGGAAGUGGAAGAAGAGGAGGAGCGAGAGAGAGACGAAGUGCAGUGCAGAUGCACAGAGCGCGUAUACCGCUGCAGGCGACGGCGGCCGAUGUGCUGCGACUGUGAGGACAUGGACUAUCCGAGAUACUUCCCCAUGCCGUAUCCGUAUUGCUUCUAUUAACGAUAUUAGCGUGUUUACGACAAACGUGUAUUACUUGCAUUUUGAUCGCUUACUCUUAUCACAGAAUAAUUUUUAGUGUCACAUAUUGUUUUGUUUUCUAUGUAACAUUGCUUCGUUUAAUAUCAUGACAAGUAACACUAUCGUCA